AUGACAACAAGUGGAUCAGUUGUGUCACGAAGGGCCGUCGAAGAAGAUGAAUAUUUCAAGACUUUGAACUUUAGGGCAGUUCUUUCCUCGAUACAUCCAAUGGAAGAAAAAGCAGAUGUAGCUCAACAGUUAAAGAAGAGAAAAAAUGAUCAAGUUAGUGUUCCACUUGAAAACGUGACCGUCGAGACAAAAAAUGAUAGUGAUAGCGGUGAUCAACAACAAACCAACAUCCCUAAGAAUACUUUAGUCAAAUCAUCCAUGGUUUCAAAUACUGCGUCUAGUCAGGAGGAGGUCGGAACUCCAGACAUCACUAUGAACUUAUUCAAUGAGGAAUCAAAUGUCAACAUGGAUGAAGAGAUGAUCAAUAACGAAUCUACUAUCACAAGUUUCAUUGUAACAUCAACAAUUUUACCACCUCUAACAUCACCCAUUCCUACUUAUGUUCCUAUUUCGACUAUCUCACCAACAUUUUUUGGUGUAAUGUAA